AUGAAGAUGGAGCCGGGCCGGCCGGCCUCCCCGGCGGGCGGCCCGCGCCCCGACCCAGAGCCCGGUGGGCCCGACCGGCCGGGGGCCGCCCCCGCCCCGCGCCGGGCUCUCGGCCCACUGGAGCCCGCGGCCUGCGCCGAUGCCGGGGCGGACCUAAGCGCCAGACGAGCCCCGGGGUUGGACGCGCGCCCCGAGAGCGCCUGGGCGCUUGCCCCGGACCCGGGCAUGUCUUACCUCCUGCCGGACCAGGCUGCCUGCCGGGACCCCGACCCCGACCGGCAGCUGCCAGAACUCGGCCCGCUUCUUUCCUGGACUGAAGAGCCGGAGGAUUACGGACCGCGGGUUUGCCCGGAGAGCGCCUCUCUCCGCGUGCAGGGUUUCAGGCACAGCCAGCACGUGAGGGGCGAGGUUGACUUCUUCCCUGGCUUCCCCUCGCCCGCGGUGGGCGAGCUGACGCUGGACGUGGGUCCCGGGGACUCGGACCGGCCCUCGGACUUCAGCCAGACCUGCCCCCUAACGAGCGAGCCCGCGGCGUGUCCGGAGGACGGCCCCCGCCUUCGAGCCGUGUUCGACGCCCUGGACGGCGAUGGGGACGGCUUCGUUCGCAUCGAGGACUUCGUCCAGUUCGCCACGGCCUACGGGGCAGAGCAGGUGAAGGACUUAACGAAAUACUUGGACCCCGGUGGGCUUGGUGUGAUCAGUUUUGAGGACUUCUAUCGAGGGAUCACCGCGAUCAGGAAUGGAGAGUCCGAUGGCCAGCUGUGCGGGGUCGCACCUGCCCAGGACGAGGAGCCACCUGCCUGCCCCGAUGAAUUCGACGACUUCGUUACCUUUGAGGCCAACGAGGUGACAGACAGCGCAUACAUGGGGUCUGAGAGCACCUACAGUGAGUGUGAGACCUUCACCGACGAGGACACAAGCACCCUGGUGCACCCUGAGCUGCAGACCGAAGGGGAUGCGGACAGCGCCGGUGGCUCAGCUGUGCCCUCCGAGUGCCUGGACGCCAUGGAGGAUCCCGGCCAGGCCGCUCUGCUGCUCCUCCCGGGCAGAUCCCACCUGCACAGCCAGUCCGUCGUCACGGUGAUAGGUGGCGAGGAGCAUUUUGAGGACUAUGGCGAGGGCAGUGAGGCAGAGCUGUCCCUGGAGACCCUCUGCAAUGGGGAGCACGGCUGCAGAGACCCCGCUUUCCCUACCCCCAGUCCAGCGAAACGGCUCUCCAGCAGGAAGGUGGCAAGGCACCUGCACCAGUCAGGGGCCUUGGCCAUGGAUGCCCUGCAGGACCCUGCCCCAGACCCCAUGGAGGGCAUGGAAGAGGACAUUGCUGACAAGGUUGUCUUCCUGGAGAAGCGGGUGUCGGAGCUGGAGAAGGACACUGCCGCCAAUGGGGAGCAGCACAGCCGGCUGAGGCAGGAGAACCUCCAGCUUGUGCACAGAGCCAAUGCCCUCGAGGAGCAGCUGAAGGAGCAGGAGCUGAGAGCCUGCGAGAUGGCGCUGGAGGAGGCCCGGAGGCACCGAGAGCUAGUGUGCAAGAUGGAGCGGGAGCGGAGCAUCGAGGUGGAGAGCCUGCAGGCCAGGCUGCAGCAGCUGGACGAGGAGAAUGGGGAGCUGAGGUCGUGCACGCCCUGUCUGAAGGCCAACAUUGAGCGCCUGGAGGAGGAGAAGCAGAAGUUGCUGGAUGAGAUUGAAGAGUUGUCCCUGCGGCUCAGUGAUGAGCAGGAAAACAGGAGGAAGCUGGGCGACAGGCUGAGCCACGAGAGGCACCAGUUCCAGAGGGACAAGGAGGCAACCCAGGAGCUGAUCGAGGACCUGCGCAAGCAGCUGGAGCACCUACAGCUUUUCAAGCUGGAGGCCGAGCAGCGGAAGGGCCGGGGCAGCAGCAUGGGCCUGCAGGAGUACAACAGCCGCACCCGCGAGAGCGAGUUGGAGCAGGAGGUCCGCAGGCUGAAGCAGGAUAACCGAAACCUGAAGGAGCAGAAUGAUGAGCUCAACGGGCAGAUCAUCAACCUGAGCAUCCAGGGCGCCAAGAACCUCUUCUCCACGUCCUUCUCGGAGUCCCUGGCUGCAGAGAUCAGCUCCGUCUCCCGAGAUGAGCUCAUGGACGCGAUUCAGAAGCAGGAGGAGAUAAACUUCCGCCUGCAGGAUUACAUUGACCGGAUCAUCGUGGCCAUCAUGGAGACCAACCCAUCCAUCCUGGAGGUCAAAUAGAGGCAGGAAGGCCCAGCCUGGUGGGCCCAGGACCCCACCUGCACCCAGGAGAUGGCCACAGCGUGCGCACAGCCCAGACCAGCGGCUGGGCUGGGGUGCAACAACGGGUCUGCAGAGGGAGAAGGAACGGGAGCCCUGGGACCGGGGGCCCACUCAGGGGAGUGUGGGGCCGGGCCUGCUCUCUGCAGAGAUGC